AUGUUUCUCACUUUAUACCACUCGCAUCACUUUCACAUUCAUUCGCAAAUCCUCGUGCAGGUCCUCACACGAGGCUACUAUCAGUUGUGUCUUAUCUGCAUGUCAUCCCACAUCCGCGUUGGUGGAGACCAGUCAUUAACCUAUUCAUUCACAGAUCACAAGGGGUCCAGCUACUUUCCUUGCAAGGCGGCUGACAAGGCUUGCUGGCAGCCGAUCAGUGGCGUGGAGAGGCCAAUCAAGGCUCGCCACAUUCUCAUGCAAUGCAUGCGAACCAUCUGCCUCGCCAUGCAAGUGAUGGCUGUCAAUAUAUUGUCAGCUUUUGUGCGAAUUUGUCUCAGCCAUGCUGACCAAAAUCCCAAAAAGGCACAAUGUCAACAACGGUGCCGCAUGUCCAGAGGUCUAGACUGCUCGAGACGCUAUGAUCGACGAUCAUACCGGGACAUCUUUAUAAGUCGGCUGGCGGACCGCAUCCCUAGCCUCCGGGCCAGCCUCCAUUCUAUCCUCUCCAAGCAUCCUCGUCUCGAACCAACCAGCUUCUUCUCCAUGGCCGAGGUUGCGCUCGGCAUCUUUGGGGUCGUGGUCCCGGUGGUGCAGGGCCUCAUCAAGCUCCACGACAAGCUCGAGGCCAUCCGGGGUGCGCCCGCCGACAUCAAAAUGUUCAAGAGCGAGACGAAGCUGCUAGCCUUGCUCGUGAAGAACUUCCAGACGCAGUGUCCAGCGUCGCUGCAGAAGAUGGCAGAGCCCCAGAGGCAGGAAGCGCUGGCGCACGCAAAGGCGUUUGUCAAACAUUUCCACAUCGUCAAGAAGCUCACCGACGCCGCCGGCGACGUGAUUCUGCGCACGUUUGACUCCAACAUGGGUGCUUUGGAGCAGCUCUUCGCGCACAUUCUGUGGACCUUUCGAAAGUCGGCCAUUGCCGAGGCGCGGGACUCGAUGAGGCUUUUCGUCGGCAUGAUCAACAUGUUCAACAACGCUCUCGUGGCGGAAUCGCUGCUCUACCAAAAUACCAGGCUCAGAGAAAGAAAGGCUUCCUCGUCGAGAGAGCUACAGAACAAGCUGAACUUUUUCGGCGGACUACUGAAACGAGAUCGCGCCCAUGUCAGAGGAGCGUUGCGACAGUACGCCGGUUCGAGCACGGGCAACAGCAACGAGCUGCAGAGCAUCGAACAAACAGUAAAGUCGAUGGAUGGAAGCAUCGAGGUCAAGUCGACAGCCUGGUCGUCGUUCGUCAUCGGGAGCGCAGCGUGCGGUAUCUUCCAGGUGGCUCAGCUAGGAUGGUCAAUAAUGUAUCCCAACGCCGCCCACCUGGACGAGGGCCGGAAUGACAUUCGUUCUGACCUGAGAUGGUGGUCGUCAGUACUACUCUGUGAUACCCCGGCCACCUCCAAGCUCACCACCAUCGUUGUCGUGUCUCUCAUAUUCUUCUUGUUUUGCGAUUCUCCUAUUCUCCGUCUCUUCAUGUUGCUUGCAGAUGGCUCGGCGUUUCCGUUCCCGUGCUGA